UGUGCGUGGGAGUUCCGCGGUGUGACGCCACCACGCAGCGUGCGCGCAGGCGCCGCUCCCGCCGUGGCCUCCGCAGGCGGAAUUGCCGAGUUGUCGCAGAGCUGGGCUUUCUCUGCGGUCUUGUGCAAGUCCCGCCCUUGGCACUGAACGUCCAGGAUGCAGUGACCUGUGAGGAUGUGCAUGUGAACUUCACUCAUGAAGAGUGGGCUUUGCUGGAUUCCUGCCAGAAGAGUCUCUACAAAGAUGUGAUGCUGGAAACAUAUUGGAACCUCACUUCUAUAGGGUACAAAUGGGAAGACCACAGUAUUGAAGAAUAUUGUCAAAGUUCUGGAAGACAUGGAAGUCCUGUCAACUGUCACUAUGGAUACAAGCCAUGUUUGCAUCAGAGAUAUGUAAAGAAGCAUUCUAUCUCUGUUUCUCCUGGAACAAUUAGAAGAUAUGAUGUAAUCACUACUGUGAGAAAACAUGAUGACUGUGAAACAAGUUUACCCUCUCUCUUUGGAGAAAAAGCUAAUGAGAACAAGGAUGAUGGAAAUUCACAGGUCUGUGUUGGUUCAGUUUGCACAGAUAGUAUGACUCACAGUAUAAGAAAAUGUUAUUUAAGUAAUCACUGUGCUGAAAUUCUGAGUUCUUCCAGUUCUUAUCAAAGACAUAAAAAAUCUCAUGUGGGAAGAGGAAGUGAAAAAUGUGAGCUUUGUACUAAAGAUUUUUGCCAUCACAGGUAUCUUCAAACACACAAAACUACCAUUAAUGAAGAGAAUCUCUAUGAAUGUAAAGCCAUUAGAUUUGAAUCCUCUUUACACCAAAGAACUCAUUUGGAAGAAAAACCCUGUGAAUAUAAUCAAAGUGAUAAAGUCUCUGCAUAUCACAGUCUUCAUCAAGUAUAUAGAACUCAUUCUGUAGUGAAAAACAAUGAAUAUCAGCAAUAUGAUAAAACCUUUGCAAGUCCCAGUUUUCUUCAAAUGUAUAAAAGAAUUCUUGGUGGAGAGAAACCCUAUGAAUGUAAUCAAUGUGGUAAAUCCUUUGCUGAGAAGAGUAAUCUUCACAGGCAUGAAAAGACUCAUACUGGAGAGAAACCCCAUGAAUGUAAUCAUUGUGGUAAAGCUUUUGCACACAAAUAUAAGCUUCUCAUUCAUGAAAGAAUUCAUAAUGGAGAGAAACCCUAUGAAUGUAAUCGAUGUGGUAAGGCCUUUGUAGAGAAAUGCAAUCUUCUCAGUCAUGAAAGAAGACAUACUGGAGAGAAUCCCUUUCUAUGUAAUGAACAUGCUAAAUCCUUUGCAGAGAAGAAUAAUCUCAGUCCUGAAAGAAGUCAUGCAGCAGAGAAACCAUAUGAAUGCAAUCUAUGUGGUAAAGCCUUUGCAAGGAAGAGUUAUCUUUGCAGUCAUGAAAGAAUUCAUACUGGGGAGAAACCCUAUGUAUGUAACCAAUGUGGUAAAGCCUUUGCACACAAUAGUCAUCUUCACAGUCAUGAAAGAAUUCAUACUGGAGAGAAACCCUAUGAAUGUAACCAAUGUGAUAAAGCAUUUUCACGUAAAAGUCAUCUUCACAGGCAUGAAAGAAUUCAUACUAGAGAGAAACCUUGUGGGUAUAAUCAAUGUGGUAGAGAUUUUGUAUUUAACAGUAACCUUCAAUUAAAGAAACCUCAUACUGGAGACAAGUCCUAUGAAUAUAGUUAAUGUGGUAAAGAAUUUAUACAGAACAGUCGUCUUCACGGGCAAGAAAGAAAUCAGUGACAAAAACCUUAUGAAUGUAAUCAGUACAGUAGAGCCUUUACACAUUGAAGUGUCCUUCAAAAUCAUGAAAACAUUCAAACUGAUGAAAAUCCCCAUGAAACUAAUAAAUGAGGCCAGGCCUUACAAUCCACAUACAUUUUCUCUACAGAGAUAUCUCACUACUGCUCUAGUAAAAUAAGUAGAGCCACUCUAUAGGUAAAAUGUUGUCUGUUUUCAAGUUGUAAACAUUUUCCAAGAAUACAGAAACACAUGAUAAUUUGAAUAAUAAACUGUAUUUACAAUAGAAAAUGGUAUUUAUCCUGUCAUCCCAUUAUUUUUGAAUCCUGGUAUUUGAUUUUGAGCUUAAAUACUUCCAAUCAUAUUCUCAGAAACACAAAUGGCAGAGAAUUUUGUCAGUGAGGAAAUGUGAUUGCCAGAGCUUGCAGUGAAUGUACCUCUGCCAUGUUGGAAAGCCAAACUGGAUGGAGCCAACUGCCAAAGCUACCAUUUUGAUCCUAGCCAAUCCCACUUACCAAUUUAAACAUUGAUCAAACAGUGAUUACAGAUAUGCAUUAUAAAGACAGAUUCAGACCAAAAGAAACCUCUGUGUCACAGCAUGAUUAAAAACUCUCUAUAGGCUUGAAAAAUUGUGUAUAGACAGUUAUUAAAAGAAAUAGUUAAAGUCUUAGAAAGUAAAAAGAAAAAAGCCACAUAAAGAUGAGAAAUACAAAGUGAGUCUUGAUUGUAUAUGUUAUUGUGUUGAUUUUGAAUUUUUUGAUGGCUCAUGGGCAAGAGACUGCUGCUGGGAAACAUGGGAUUAGAAGAGAUACUGAUAAAAUAUACCAACCUAAAUGCUUUAUCUUUAAAACACAAGUUAAAAAUUAAUAUUUGUAAAAUGUAAAUUAAAAGAUGCAUUGCUUUGGAGAAGCA